CAGGGCAAUCGGGGAACUCCAGGGGUCAAAGAAUUUAGCCCUGUUGCCAUUAGGAUCUACAUAAGUGGAAGCAAACAAGGGAAUGUGACAAGUAUGUUGAAGCUUCGGAGUUGUCCGUGUUCAAGAACAAUACAAAAUGGAUAAGAUGGAACACCAAUCCAAGGGAGCAGUAUCAUUUAAGGAUGUGAUGGUAGUAUUUACCCCAGAGGAGUGGCAGCACCUGGAUUCCUGUCAGCGGUCUCUGUAUAGAGAUGUGAUGAUGGAGAUCUACAGCCACCUUGUCUCAGUGGGGUUUUGUGUUUACAAACCAGAAGUGAUCUUCAGGCUGGAGCAGGGUGAAGAGCCAUGGACACUGGAGGAAGAAUUCUCCAACCAGAGGCUCCCAGAAAUUUGGAAGGCUGAUCAACUAAAUGGAAGAAGCCAGGAAAACCAGUUGAAACAUAUUUGGGAAAGUGCAUUCCUCAGCAACAAAGGAUUGACUAAAGAACAAGAUAAUGGAACAGAAAAACCAUUUAACUUGGGCGUGAAUAAUUUUCCUUCUAAAAGAAUACUUUGUGAACAUAACUCAGGUGGAAUGAAUUUUAGUAACAGUUCAGAACUGGUUAUCAGUAAGAAAAGCUAUUUAGGAAAAAAGCCUGAGGAACUUAAUGCCCGUGGAAAAUGUCUGCUCAAAAUUGUGCAAGAAAAAACUGAAGCUAAACAGAAUAGUGAGCUUUUCAAAAAUGGGGCAACUAGCAACCAUCAUGAGGACCCAACUCAACAUGAGAAGAUUCAAACUUUUCAACACAGGAUACCUCAGGAAACUUGCCUUGGAGAGGAAAUAGUCAAUACACACAGGAGAGAGAUUACAGAAGAAAAUGAUUGUGAAUUACAACAGUGUCAGAAAACUUCGUGCGAUAAUUCAUGUGUGUUGCUGCAUCAAGUUCUCCCGUCAAAGGAAAAUCACUGUGAACUAAGGAAUUGUCAGAAAUCCUUAGGUUCAAAGUCUAAUCCAUUGAAACAAGGGACACAAAUGAGACACUGUGAAAAUAAUGAAAGUGGGAAUACUUUCAGAAAGAAGUUGUCUUUCUCACAACUUCGAAGAGUUCGUAAAGGAGAGAAACACUUUGAAUGUAACGAGUGUGGGAAAGCUUUCUGGGAGAAGUCCCACCUUACUCGACAUCAGAGAAUGCACACAGGAGAGAAACCUUUUCAAUGUAGUGAAUGUGGAAGAGCUUUCUGGGAGAAGUCAAACCUCACUAAACAUGUAAGAUCACACACAGGGGAGAAACCUUUCAAGUGCAAUGAAUGUGGGAAAGCCUUUGGCCACAGGUCAGCCCUCACAUUACACCAAAGAACACAUACUGGGGAGAAGCCCUAUCAGUGUAAUGUAUGUGGGAAGACGUUUUAUCAGAAGUCCGACCUUACUAAACAUCAGAGAACACACACAGGACUCAAACCCUAUGAAUGCUAUGAUUGUGGGAAAUCCUUCUGUAUGAACUCACACCUUAUGGUACAUCAGAGAACUCACACGGGUGAGAAACCCUUUGAGUGUCCAGAGUGUGGGAAAUCCUUUUGUCAAAAGUCACAUCUUACACAGCAUCAGAGGACUCACAUAGGUGAUAAACCCUAUGGAUGUGAUGCUUGUGGGAAAACAUUCUAUCACAAGUCAGUACUCACUCGCCAUCAGAUAAUUCAUACAGGAUUGAAACCUUAUGAAUGUUUUGAAUGUGGGAAAACUUUCUGCCUCAAGUCAGACUUGACAGUACAUCAGAGAAUUCACACAGGUGAGAAACCCUUCGCAUGUCCUGAAUGUGGGAAAUUCUUCAGUCAUAAGUCAACCCUCUCUCAACAUUAUAGGACACACACAGGAGAGAAACCUUAUGAAUGUCAUGAAUGUGGAAAAAUCUUUUAUAAUAAAUCAUACCUAACUAAACAUAAUAGAACCCAUACAGGGGAGAAACCCUAUGAAUGCACUGAAUGUGGGAAAACUUUUUGCCAGAAGUCACAGCUCACUCAACAUCAGAGAAUUCACAUAGGGGAGAAGCCUUAUGAAUGUAAUGAGUGUGGGAAAGCUUUUUGCCAUAAGUCAGCUCUAAUUGUACACCAGAGAACGCACACACAAGAGAAACCCUAUAAAUGUAAUGACUGUGGAAAAUCUUUCUGUGUCAAGUCAGGGCUUAUUUUACAUCAGAGAAAACACACAGGGGAGAAACCCUAUGAAUGCAGUGAGUGUGGGAAAUCAUUUAGUCACAAAUCAUCCCUCACAGUGCAUCACAGGGCUCACACAGGAGAGAAAUCUUGUCAGUGUAACGAAUGUGGGAAGGUCUUUUACCGUAAGUCAGACCUUGCUAAACAUCGGAGAUCACACACAGGGGAGAAGCCCUAUGAGUGUGACAUAUGUAGAAAAACUUUCUCUCAAAAAUCAAAUCUCAUUGUUCAUCAGAGAACACACACAGGAGAAAAACCCUGUGAGGGAAAUUAAUGUUAGAAAUGCUGUGACCUCCACUUCACGACACAGUAUUCACCCACUAGCAGAGGUUCUAUUGUGAUCUUGAAUGUUCACAAACUUUUACCUAAAGGCUGCCAUUAUUCAACAAUGUUGAUAGGAGAUUAAUUCAUGUGCAGCUGUUAAGUGACAUCCCAAUACUGGCGUUGGCUCUUAGAGAUUACUGGCACUGGUAAAGGGUUUCAGCAAAAGCUGCAAAUUAGAUAGUUUCCGCAGUAAUAUGGGGACAGAGGCGAAAGUGUAAGAAAUACAAAUGGAAGAUUUUUCUUAGAAGUACUAAAAUAUUACAAGUUUUAUGCUAUGAUUGUUCUGAAAUCAUCAGAGAUUAUACAUGUACAUUUGGAACCAUGAAGGUUUAGAAACUUAAAACUAUUGAAUCAUAAGAAGGUGCAUUAAGGCUGUGGAGACCGCAUGUGCCUGUAAUCAAGGUAUUUGUGAUGAUAAACUCUUACAUGGCCAUCAUAUAUUAAGAAAUGGAUGAUAACCAGAUACAGCGUUUAAUUCAAAAUUUACUGUUUCAGCUAUUCACUAUAAUUACCAGAUGUUGCCACUUCUUAAUUUGAGUAUCCAUUAGCACAAUUAAGGUUACAGAAAAAAGAAGUCUUUAAUCUGUAGCACAUCUGUGUUAUUCAGCAAUGAACAUUUAUUUAUUUAAAAAAUUACUUACUUUAAAGAUUUACACAUAGGGAGAAAGAGGCAAAGAUAUUCCACACACUGGUUCACUCCCCAAAUGGCCACAACAGCUAGAGCUGGAUCAGACCAAAGCUGGUACCCUGGAGUUUCUUCAGAAUCUCCUACCUGGGUGUGGAGCCCAAGCACUUGGACCUUCUUCUGCUGCUUUCUUGGACACAUUAGCAGAGAGCUGGAUUGAAAGUGGAGCAACUAAGACUUAAAACAGGUGAGAUAUGGGAUGGCAGCAUUGCAGUUGGCAGCUUUACGUGCUGUUCCACAGUGCUGGCUCUGGAAUCAAGAUUCAACUUUCAGAAGUCCCCUUGUGUCAGUCAUGACACUGUCUGUUAUCCUGACUCUGGUGGAAUAACCCAGGUUAAUGGGAUCUGAUUUAUCCAUAAACUAUUCUGUGCAUUGGGAGGAGAAAUUCCUAAUCCUUGGUGGUCUUUUUUUCUCCUCACCUGAGGUCCAUGCCCGGUCAUGAUGAGUACUCUUUGUAAGCAGCUGCCCCUCCAGGACAAGAUUCAGGGAAAAGGUCCACAAAUGCACAGUAGAUGCUGCUCUGCUUUCUGGUUGCUUUUGAUGUCGGAAGAAGGGGGAAGGUGGGGACAGAACCAGAAUCAUGCUGGGAUGGGACUUCUGUUGACAGGUUAAAGACUGUAGACCUUAUACACGAUCAGAUUAUAUUGAUAGGAUUAUAUGAUCCAGGAUUUUUAGAUGGUGGCAUGAUUGUGGAAUGUUUUGUUUUUGGAUACUGCAAAAACAAGAGCAGGCCAUUUUCAAAGUCAACAGAAAAGUAAGUUAGAAGAAAAAUUAGUGAAACAAACAAAAGAAAUCAGUAAAACCCAAAGCUGAUUAUUUGAUAAGUUAACAAAAUUGAUAAAUUCUACUUGGGGAAAUGAAAAAAAAAGAUUGUUUAUACGAGUAAGGAAAAUCUGUUGCUGUUGAUCUCAUGGACAUUUAAAGGAAUGUGAAAAAUUAUGGACAAUUGUGUCCAUAAAUUGGGUAGCUUAGUCUAAAUAAGUAAGUUCCUUUAAGGAUGACAGUAGCAGCAUUUAUAAAUCUUAAAUAUAUUAAAGAAAUUGUACAACUCAUAGAAAACAAAAUACCAGGACCAAUGUGUACAUUGGUGAGUUCUUACCAAACGUUUCAGAUAGAAGUGAUGCCUGUUUUCUGUGGUAUCUUCCAGAAAGUAACUAGCAAAGGGAACACUCCUGAUUCCAUGAAGCCAGCAUUUUUUCUAAAACCAAA